AUGACUACUUCACCUCUCAGCUCUCGUUCACGUCUGGCGGAUGGCAAGCCAUCAUUUACUUAUGGCACAGCCUGGAAGAAAGAGCAGACAAAGACUUUGGUAAAAGAGGCACUCAAGCAAGGCUUUCGACGCGUCGACACGGCUGCACAGCCCAAGCACUACCAAGAGCAUUUGGUGGGCGAAGCGCUGCGCGAGGCGUACAAUGAAGGAUUCGUGUCUCGAGCAGACGUCUACGUGCAGACGAAGUAUACCACGCCGGCCGGACAGGAUCUGAGCAACAUGCCGUAUGAUCCCAAUGCGCCACUGGAGACUCAGAUACACACCUCUGUCGCGUCAUCACUUAAGAAUCUGCGAGCAUUGCAGGACCCUGAAGAGGCGACGUUCCUCGACUGUCUACUUUUGCACUCGCCAUUGCCAACUCUGGAUCAGACACUCAGGGCCUGGAGGCUGCUCGAGACUUACGUCCCGCACCAGAUCAAAGCCCUCGGUAUAUCAAACGUCACGCUACCCAUCGUCCGCGAAAUCUACAACUCAUGCACCAUCAAGCCUUCCGUCAUCCAGAACCGUUUUUACGCCCAAACCCGGUAUGAUGUGCCGCUUCGAGCAUUCUGUCGAGAGCACGGGAUCGUAUACCAAUCGUUCUGGACAUUGACCGGUAACCCUAAGCUUCUCAAGUCGAAGCCGGUCAUUGCAUUGGCUCAAGCAGCAGAGGUGUCGGUGGCGACGACGCUGUAUGCUCUGGUCAUGGAUAUGGGCGUUGAGGUGCUGAAUGGGACGACGUCCUUGGAGCAUAUGCGAGACGACCUUGAGGGCGUUCAGACAGUGCGCAACUGGGCGAGUGCAAACCCACGACCAUGGACUGAAAUCUGUAACGAAUUCCGUGCACUUACAGAGCCCGAUUCUUACUAG